AUGUGGUCUCUCCAUUACAGGGAAGAGGUUGUUCCUUCCACUGAUAAGCCAUCAGUUGAGACUACUACUAAAGAAGAAGCUGUCACUACUGAAGUUUCAGGUCCCUGCGACGAGUUGAGCUGUCCCUCCCACGCUACUUGUGAGACAUAUACAGAUCCAUUAGGUGGAUCAGAUGCUGCCUUCUGCCUCCCGUCCUGUGAGCUGGAGAAUGGUGGAUGUGCUGAGAUUGAGGCCUGUUCUCUGGAACAAAAUAUUUGUUUUGCUGAUGGACCCUGUCCACCUAGUGUGAAGUGCACAGAUCCCUGCGACGAGGUGAGCUGUCCCUCUAACAGUACUUGCCAGAGGCUUAUAUUUCCAAAGCCGAUCACUUCCUCGAGUUUUGGCUUCUGCCUCCCGUCCUGUGAGUUGGAUAAUGGUGGAUGUGCUGAGGACGAGGUCUGUUCUCUUGUGGAGCAAACUGUUUGCUUUGCUGUUGGACCCUGUCCAUCUACUGUGCAGUGCUCUUCUGCAACUACAGAAGAACCCUCCACGGGUGUAGAGGUUGGAUCAUUCCCGGAAGAUUCAUUGCACAGUAUCACAGGAACUAUCUUUAUACUGGACACAAAGACACUCCUCAUCAAAAACUUUGGCUACGAUGGCCUUGGACCAAGUGCCUUUUUCUACUACUACCCUCCUGGUCAGGUUAUAGACAAGAACGGUGGAGGUUUUUUCAUACCAGUACCCGGUGGAAGAGAGGAUGGAGGGUUUAAGAUUGGACGUAGCUACUUUAAUGAAGACUUCCUGGUCCCACUGCCUGAGGGCGUGGAUGCGUGUGACAUUGGCACGUUCACAAUCUGGUGUGAGCCAUUCACUGUCUUCUUUGCAGUCUUCUCCUUUCCAACUGAAAGGAUAUUUGUGCAAGGAACUGAUGAGUGCAUUAUUCAGUCUGGGUUGGGGACACUAGUACCAUUCAAGUGUCCCAAUGGAAGGAGCGUCGGUUCUGCUAAGGAUUGUGAUUUUGACAACUGUGCUGCCCUUGACGACCAGCUACAGCUGUCCUGGACUGUCAGAAAUGAUAUGCAAAUGAUUGACUUUAGACUCUGCGGCUGUCUAAGUAGUGAUCCAAACCUGAACCAGUACAUGGGAUUCGGACUCAGUGGCAGCACCAGCCGGACACACAUGAUUGGGGCAGACCCUGUCAUUACGUGGGUUGAUGAGACCACUGGACCACAAGCAGUCGACUAUUUCCUCACUGGCUACUUCCAGUGUCGAGAUGGUCGCGGUGCAUGCCCUGACGAGGACCAUUUCAGUGGCAGCUGCUCCAAUGACAUUGUCUCUGUGAGUGGAUCCAGACAGGGAGGGCAGCAGUGUGUCAUCUAUACACGACACUUCUCUACCAAUGAUAGUACGUGCGAUAUUCCCAUCGACCCCCUCAACAUGGAACAGUACAUUGUGUGGGGAGUGGGCGGACUCGGAGAGACUGCUUUCCAACACUUUAAGAGAGCAUCAGCGUCUGAUCCUCCCAUCCAUUUUGGCAGGGCUCCAGUUAACAUGUGUCCCCAUGAGGUCCAGUGCCGACAGUGCAGUGAACCAUUUGAAGCAGCUGUGAUUGAGGCUCUUGAAGACACCACCUUCUCUGUUAGCAUAGGAUCCUCUGGUGCUGACCGAGGCUAUGAGGCCAUUACUGGUCAAGUGGGAUGGGGCAUUGCUUACUACAUCAAUAACACCUUGGUACCUGAGCUGAUGGUACAGAGAGGACAGGCCUACUUGUUCAUUGUGGAGGCAGGGAAUAACCCUGAUAACCCAGCCAAUUAUCACCCCUUCUACAUCACUGACGAUAUUCACGGGAGCCGAGUAUUCAAGACACCUGAAGAGAAGAUGGCUGAGACUGUAUUUGCUGGUUUUGAUCAAAGUGACAACGUUACUGCAGCUGGUCGAUUGUGUGCAUGCAGAGAGGGUGCCGAGGCUGCCAGGGUGAGGGAGAGUUGUGGGAGUCGCCAGGAAUACGAAGAGAGUCAAGACUGCAGCUGUGAAGAAGGGGAGCCAGCCGUUCUAAUUUGGAUUCCUGACGAAAACACUCCAAACAUUGUCUACUAUCAGUGUGCCAUUCACCUCAACCUGGGAUGGAGGAUCCGUGUACAAGAUGCCCCAGUUUCAGAUCCCUGCGAUGAGUUGAGCUGUCCCUCCCACGCUACUUGUGAGACGUAUACAGAUCCAUUAGGUGGAUCAGAUGCUGCCUUCUGCCUCCCGUCCUGUGAGCUGGGGAAUGGUGGAUGUGCUGAGGACGAGGUCUGUUCUUUGCAACCAAAUAUUUGCCUUGCUGAUGGACCCUGUCCACCUAGUGUGCAGUGCUCUCCUGCAGGUCCCUGCGACGAGUUGAGCUGUCCCUCCCACGCUACUUGUGAGAGGUAUACAGUUCCAUUAGGUGGAUCAGAUGCUGCCUUCUGCCUCCCAUCCUGUGUGUUGGAGAAUGGUGGAUGUGCUGAAGGCGAGGUCUGCUCCCUGCAACCAAAUAUUUGCUUUGCUGAUGGACCCUGUCCACCUAGUGUGCAGUGCUCUCCUGCAGGUCCCUGCGGAGAGUUGAGCUGUCCCUCCCAUGCUACUUGUGAGACGUAUACAGAUCCAUUAGGUGGAUCAGAUGCUGCCUUCUGCCUCCCGUCCUGUGAGCUGGAGAAUGGUGGAUGUGCUGAGGACGAGGUCUGCUCCCUGCAACCAAAUAUUUGCCUUGCUGAUCGACCCUGUCCACCUAGUGUUAGGUGCUCUCCUGCAGGUCCCUGCGAUCAGUUGAACUGUCCUUCUUACACUACUUGUGAGAUGACUCCAGGUGUAGGUCCAAAUUCAUCUAUAUCCAUGUUUCCUUUCUGCCUCCCGUCCUGUGAGUUGGAGAAUGGUGGAUGUGCUGAGAACGAGGUCUGUUCUCUUGUGGAACAACUUUGCCCUUCUGAUGGACCUUGUCCAACUACUGUGCAGUGCUCUCCUGCAGGUCCCUGCGGCGAGUUUAACUGCCCCUCCUAUGCUACCUGUGAGAUGAUUACACGUCCAGGUCCAAAUUCGUCUAUAUCCAUGUUUCCCUUCUGCCUCCCGUCCUGUGAGUUGGAGAAUGGUGGAUGUGCUGAAGACGAGGUCUGUUCUCUGGUAGAGGAAAUGUGCCCUUCUGAUGGACCCUGUCCACCUAGUGUGCAGUGCUCUCCUGCAGGUCCCUGCGAUCAGUUGAACUGUCCCUCCUAUGCUACCUGUGAGAUGAUUACACGUCCAGGUCCAAAUUCGUCUCUAUCCAUGUUUCCCUUCUGCCUCCCGUCCUGUGAGUUGGAGAAUGGUGGAUGUGCUGAGAACGAGGCCUGUUCUCUUGUGGAACAACUUUGCCCUUCUGAUGGACCCUGCCCACCUAAUGUGCAGUGCUCUCCUGCAGGUCUCUGCGAUGAGUUGAGCUGUCCUUCUCACGCUACUUGUGAGACGUAUACAGAUCCAUUAGGUGGAUCAGAUGCUGCCUUCUGCCUCCCGUCCUGUGAGCUGGGGAAUGGUGGAUGUGCUGAGGACGAGGUCUGUUCUUUGCAACCAAAUAUUUGCCUUGCUGAUGGACCCUGUCCACCUAGUGUGCAGUGCUCUCCUGCAGGUCCCUGCGACGAGUUGAGCUGUCCCUCCCACGCUACUUGUGAGAGGUAUACAGAUCCAUUAGGUGGAUCAGAUGCUGCCUUCUGCCUCCCAUCCUGUGAGUUGGAGAAUGGUGGAUGUGCUGAAGGCGAGGUCUGCUCCCUGCAACCAAAUAUUUGCUUUGCUGAUGGACCCUGUCCACCUAGUGUGCAGUGUUCUCCUGCAGGUCCUUGCGGAGAGUUGAGCUGUCCCUCCCACGCUACUUGUGAGACGUAUACAGAUCCAUUAGGUGGAUCAGAUGCUGCCUUCUGCCUCCCGUCCUGUGAGCUGGAGAAUGGUGGAUGUGCUGAGGACGAGGUCUGCUCCCUGCAACCAAAUAUUUGCCUUGCUGAUCGACCCUGUCCACCUAGUGUUAGGUGCUCUCCUGCAGGUCCCUGCGAUCAGUUGAACUGUCCUUCUUACACUACUUGUGAGAUGACUCCAGGUAUAGGUCCAAAUUCAUCUAUAUCCAUGUUUCCUUUCUGCCUCCCGUCCUGUGAGUUGGAGAAUGGUGGAUGUGCUGAGAACGAGGUCUGUUCUCUUGUGGAACAACUUUGCCCUUCUGAUGGACCUUGUCCAACUACUGUGCAGUGCUCUCCUGCAGGUCCCUGCGGCGAGUUUAACUGCCCCUCCUAUGCUACCUGUGAGAUGAUUACACGUCCAGGUCCAAAUUCGUCUAUAUCCAUGUUUCCCUUCUGCCUCCCGUCCUGUGAGUUGGAGAAUGGUGGAUGUGCUGAAGACGAGGUCUGUUCUCUGGUAGAGGAAAUGUGCCCUUCUGAUGGACCCUGUCCACCUAGUGUGCAGUGCUCUCCUGCAGGUCCCUGCGAUCAGUUGAACUGUCCCUCCUAUGCUACCUGUGAGAUGAUUACACGUCCAGGUCCAAAUUCGUCUCUAUCCAUGUUUCCCUUCUGCCUCCCGUCCUGUGAGUUGGAGAAUGGUGGAUGUGCUGAGAACGAGGCCUGUUCUCUUGUGGAACAACUUUGCCCUUCUGAUGGACCCUGCCCACCUAAUGUGCAGUGCUCUCCUGCAGGUCUCUGCGAUGAGUUGAGCUGUCCUUCUCACGCUACUUGUGAGACGUAUACAGAUCCAUUAGGUGGAUCAGAUGCUGCCUUCUGCCUCCCAUCCUGUGAGUUGGAGAAUGGUGGAUGUGCUGAAGGCGAGGUCUGCUCCCUGCAACCAAAUAUUUGCUUUGCUGAUGGACCCUGUCCACCUAGUGUGCAGUGUUCUCCUGCAGGUCCUUGCGGAGAGUUGAGCUGUCCCUCCCACGCUACUUGUGAGACGUAUACAGAUCCAUUAGGUGGAUCAGAUGCUGCCUUCUGCCUCCCGUCCUGUGAGCUGGAGAAUGGUGGAUGUGCUGAGGACGAGGUCUGCUCCCUGCAACCAAAUAUUUGCCUUGCUGAUCGACCCUGUCCACCUAGUGUUAGGUGCUCUCCUGCAGGUCCCUGCGAUCAGUUGAACUGUCCUUCUUACACUACUUGUGAGAUGACUCCAGGUAUAGGUCCAAAUUCAUCUAUAUCCAUGUUUCCUUUCUGCCUCCCGUCCUGUGAGUUGGAGAAUGGUGGAUGUGCUGAGAACGAGGUCUGUUCUCUUGUGGAACAACUUUGCCCUUCUGAUGGACCUUGUCCAACUACUGUGCAGUGCUCUCCUGCAGGUCCCUGCGGCGAGUUUAACUGCCCCUCCUAUGCUACCUGUGAGAUGAUUACACGUCCAGGUCCAAAUUCGUCUAUAUCCAUGUUUCCCUUCUGCCUCCCGUCCUGUGAGUUGGAGAAUGGUGGAUGUGCUGAAGACGAGGUCUGUUCUCUGGUAGAGGAAAUGUGCCCUUCUGAUGGACCCUGUCCACCUAGUGUGCAGUGCUCUCCUGCAGGUCCCUGCGAUCAGUUGAACUGUCCCUCCUAUGCUACCUGUGAGAUGAUUACACGUCCAGGUCCAAAUUCGUCUCUAUCCAUGUUUCCCUUCUGCCUCCCGUCCUGUGAGUUGGAGAAUGGUGGAUGUGCUGAGAACGAGGCCUGUUCUCUUGUGGAACAACUUUGCCCUUCUGAUGGACCCUGCCCACCUAAUGUGCAGUGCUCUCCUGCAGGUCUCUGCGAUGAGUUGAGCUGUCCUUCUCACGCUACUUGUGAGACGUAUACAGAUCCAUUAGGUGGAUCAGAUGCUGCCUUCUGCCUCCCGUCCUGUGAGCUGGGGAAUGGUGGAUGUGCUGAGGACGAGGUCUGUUCUUUGCAACCAAAUAUUUGCCUUGCUGAUGGACCCUGUCCACCUAGUGUGCAGUGCUCUCCUGCAGGUCCCUGCGACGAGUUGAGCUGUCCCUCCCACGCUACUUGUGAGAGGUAUACAGUUCCAUUAGGUGGAUCAGAUGCUGCCUUCUGCCUCCCAUCCUGUGAGUUGGAGAAUGGUGGAUGUGCUGAAGGCGAGGUCUGCUCCCUGCAACCAAAUAUUUGCUUUGCUGAUGGACCCUGUCCACCUAGUGUGCAGUGUUCUCCUGCAGGUCCCUGCGGAGAGUUGAGCUGUCCCUCCCACGCUACUUGUGAGACGUAUACAGAUCCAUUAGGUGGAUCAGAUGCUGCCUUCUGCCUCCCGUCCUGUGAGCUGGAGAAUGGUGGAUGUGCUGAGGACGAGGUCUGCUCCCUGCAACCAAAUAUUUGCCUUGCUGAUCGACCCUGUCCACCUAGUGUUAGGUGCUCUCCUGCAGGUCCCUGCGAUCAGUUGAACUGUCCUUCUUACACUACUUGUGAGAUGACUCCAGGUAUAGGUCCAAAUUCAUCUAUAUCCAUGUUUCCUUUCUGCCUCCCGUCCUGUGAGUUGGAUAAUGGUGGAUGUGCUGAGGACGAGGUCUGUUCUCUUGUGGAACAACUUUGCCCUUCUGAUGGACCUUGUCCAACUACUGUGCAGUGCUCUCCUGCAGGUCCCUGCGGCGAGUUUAACUGCCCCUCCUAUGCUACCUGUGAGAUGAUUACACGUCCAGGUCCAAAUUCAUCCUUAUCUAUGUUUCCUUUCUGCCUCCCAUCCUGUGAGCUGGAGAAUGGUGGAUGUGAUGAGGACGAGGUCUGUUCUCUGGUAGAGGAAAUGUGCCCUUCUGAUGGACCCUGUCCACCUAGUGUGCAGUGCUCUCCUGCAGAUCUAUGCGACCAGUUGAACUGUCCCCCCUAUGCUACUUGUGAGAUGGUAGGUCCAAAUCCAUUCUCUUUAUCCGGUUUUGCCUUCUGCCUCCCGUCCUGUGAGUUAGAGAAUGGUGGUUGUGCUGAGAAUGAGGUAUGUUCUCUGGUAGAGGAAAUUUGCCCUUCUGAUGGACCCUGUCCACCUAGUGUGCAGUGCUCUCCCCCAGAUCCUUGCAGUUCAUUUAGAUGCCAAAGGGGCUACAGGUGUCAAGUGUACGAGCCGACCAAUGAGGCGUACUGUGAGCCGGCAUGUGACCUGUUCAAUGGCGGGUGUACUACGGGAACCUACUGCAUUCUUCGCCGGGAUCGAGCUUGCAGUGAGGGGCCGUGUCCAUCUCUAAAGAGCUGUUGCUUUUUCCCACGCUGUGACAUGCACGUCUGUAGCGCCAGGGAGACUAGGAGAAGCCCAUGCAUUAUUGAUGCGGAGGAUUCCCAAUGUGAUGAAGAGGAGUGUCCAUUUACUUACUGUCGUAAUUGUUACUUCUCGUCCCAAAAUCAGCCAUUGCCAGGCAACUGUGGGACAUGUAGUGAAAACAGUGUCAAUAAUAAAUGUACUAAAAGAUGGGCAACUUGCACCAGAAGAGCACAUUUUGCUACUUAUGGACAGCCAUGGCCUAGUCAGUCUCUAAGGAAGGAGGAGGACUUUCGCUGUCACAUACCUCCAUGUUAAUGAAGCAUUCUCACUUUGUAUAAGAAACAAUUUAUAUAGUUCAGUAUAUUAGACUGAAGGAGAACUGAGAAUUCGCUUUUUGAGUACAUCAAUAUACAAUUAAUGAACAGUACAGUGCUAUUUUGCCAAAACACUCUCAGUCAUAUAUAUAAAGGUGUUAUUUACCACUUAA